CUAACCAAGAAUUAAAAGCGGCUCCAACAUUCCACCAAACACUUGGUCUGCAUUUCUUUGCCUCCGUACUGUGGCGGUUGCUGCAGCCGCAGUUGCAGGCUGCGCUGCCUCAUCAACAUUCAGCAACGUUGAAAAACGAAAAUGGAAUCAUCAUCACCAUCUUCUUCUUCUUAUUCUCUUUCGUCGUUUUACAAAUCAGCGAAACUCUUGCUGGCUGUCUCAAUCGCGUUCCUUAUCGCCUUCAGAGCUCACAGGAAGAAAUCUCUCAGCGUUUCUGGAGCCUUCGCUGGCUUCUUCGUUAUGGCGCUUCACAUUUUUGUAGGAAGCAGGUUUGGGGUGAUGCUGCUGGCAUUCUUUUUCACUUCGUCGAAGCUUACGAAGAAAGGACAAGAUAAAAAGCGAAAGCUUGAUCCUGAAUUCAAAGAAGGUGGACAAAGAAAUUGGGUACAAGUUCUAGCCAAUAGUGGCAUUGCCUCAGUUUUGGUUGUAGCUAUAUGGGCAUUAACAGAAGGGAAGGAUAAGUGUUUGGACUCUAAAGACUCAGCUCUGAUCACUUCUCUCAUUGGUGGUGUUAUUGGCCACUACUCCUGCUGCAAUGGAGAUACUUGGUCCUCAGAGCUUGGAAUUCUUAGUGAUGAGCAGCCUCGUCUGAUAACAACAUUCAAGCCAGUGAAGAAGGGUACAAAUGGUGGUGUGACUAAAGCAGGUCUUUUAGCAGCCGCAGCAGCUGGAAGUGUCAUCGGAAUAUCUUUUGUUCUUCUGGGAUUUAUGACAACUAAAUGUGGCUCUGAUAUAGCUCUUAAACAACUACUGGUCAUACCUAUUGCUACCCUGGCAGGAGUAGUAGGAAGUGUCAUUGAUUCUCUGUUGGGUGCAACCCUGCAAUUCACCGGAUUCUGCUCGGUUCGAAAUAAGAUUGUUGGGAAGCCAGGACCAACAGUUAAAAGGAUCUCAGGAGUCAAUAUUCUAGACAACAAUGCGGUCAACCUUGUAUCUAUACUUUUGACCACAAUUUUGACUUCAAUAGCUUGUUUAUACAUAUUCUAAAAUUUGUAACUUAUUGGUGGUAGAUGUUCUUGUACUGUUGUAUUUUCAUUUAUCAGUUAGAACGACAUAAGCAAUAAUGUAUUGGAAAAAUUUCAAGUGUAACGAGAGUACCGGUAUUCCAUUUGUUUUAAUUGUUGAUUUCAAUUAAUAUAUAUUAUAUAUAUUUUUUUAUAAUUCAAAUCAACGAUUAAAACAACUGGAAUACCGGUAUUUCCGAUACACUUGAAACUCUUCUGUAUGUAUUAUCAUCUUAAAUUAAUAGAACAUGAUAAGCAAGAUACAUGAUAGGAAUCUGUCUGAUAGUUCCUUGGUAAUUUGUGCUACCCCUAAUUGAUUUUGGUGUUAGCAACUUAACCAAAAACUUUAAUGAAGUUGGAGGUAAGCACUGUAAGAUUCAGUUAUCUGCCACCUACCUCCAUUUGGAAUCCACAAGAGUGGAUUAACGCCAUACAUUGGUGACAGUCAUUGGGGUCAUGUUCCAAAAGAGUUGUUUUUGGGUAUAAUAAAUGUAUAAACAGGUUAUUUUUGGGUACAUAUAAUAAAGGCAAUGUCCAGUGGAUCCAAUAAGCGAGUA